UAAUGUCAUUGCUGGAGGCUGCACGUUCUUUGUCCCAAUAUUAGAAAUAUCUUUUAGGACUGAGUCUGUUUUUCAAAAUGUGAAAAGUGUUGGACAUAAACCUGAUAGCAGCUGAGGUUUGUGGGUAUUAUUCCUUACCCCACCAGCACAAGUGAAAUAAACAUAACAGCUGCUUUCAUUUUCUGGUUAUUUUAAUUGGAUUGUGAUUGGGUGCACCAUGUCCUGCCGGUGAUGUUCCUCAUACACUCUAUCAACCUGUCCUUGCUGGACCUACAAAUGUUUAACCAUGCUGAAAGAAAUCGUGAUAACAGAGCAGCCAGUGUCUGCGUGUGUUCCUUUGGACUUCCCCCUCACCCUGUGCUGCAAGGCCCAGGCUCCAGCGAUGCUUCAUUAUCAGUGGUUCCAGUGGUGGGAGCAUUCAUGUAAGGAGAUUCCGGGUGGCAAUCAACCAGAUCUGCAUAUUGUGGCCAGGCAGACUCAACUGUAUGUUUGCAGGAUAAGUGACCAACACCAGGGCACUGUAUUCAGCCAAUGGGUGAAGGUGAAAGUCAUAAAUAAUUUGCCCAAAGGCUUUGUACCUCCCAGUUGGCAAGGUGAACCACUUAUAGUGACCCAGCCUGAAUCUGUCCAUGUGACGUCCCAGCAUCCAGUGCAGCUCCACUGUUGUGCUUUAGGUAUACCAGCCCCUCAAUUUCAAUGGUACCUGAAUGGAAACUGCCUAGCGAAAAAGAGAAGACAACAGAUACAGAUAAAGACAGUGAAACCAACUGACUGUGGGAGUUAUUUGUGCUGUGUAUCAAAUGUCCACGGCGAGAGAUGGAGUGAAUCUGCUGAUAUCACCUUAGGUGGAGAAGAUGUUCAAACAUCUCAAAAAUCUUCUGUAUCUCCAGGUAGAAGACAGCCAGAGGUGUAUUUUGCGGCUGGGAAGGUGGCGUUACUUAUUGGGAAUAACAGUUACCUGAAUCACCCCAACCUACUUGCCCCCAUGGUGGACGUUUGGGAGCUGUCAAUCCUCCUCCGGAGUAUAGGGUUUUGUGUGAUAUCUUUGGUGGAUGUAACCCACACUGAGAUGCUCAUUACUAUUACCCAAUUCCUGCACCUGCUGGACAGAGGAGCAUAUGGAUUAUUUUAUUAUGCUGGGCAUGGCUAUGAAAGGUCUGGGAGAAAUUAUAUGGUCCCUAUUGACGCUCCCCAGCCAUACAAACCUGAAAACUGCAUCAGUGUGCAAAAAAUACUUCAGAAAAUGCAGGACAGGAAGACUGCUCUGAAUGUGGUACUGCUGGACACUUGCAGGAAAUGGUACAAUUCUGACUGCUCUCUAUCAAAAGUGUAUCCACUCAAGCCCUGGGGAAAUACUGUUUAUGGAUUUGCCACGUGCGAAAAUUCAGAAGCCUAUGAGGUUCAAGAUGGAGAAUUUAGCUCAGGGAUUUUUGUGAAGUAUCUUAAGAAGCACAUACUCAAAGAAAAGAAGGUGACUCACAUGCUUGAGGAGGUACUAGAAGACAUCGGGAGAGACCCUCUGGUAACAGGCAAACAGGUUAUGGAGAUACGACAUUCUUUGAAUGAGCCUCGGUCUCUCACUGACCCAAUCUGUACAUCAGGAUCUGACUGUCUCAGAAGGAUUAACUGGGAGCAAAAAAAUGAGAUGCCCAAACAGGCGAUUCAAUUCUCAUGUGGUGUUGAAGUGGAACUGAGAUUUCAAAAGGUUUUCUCCAACCUGACGCACACAUUUGCACGUCUGACAUCUGUUCCGUCACAUCUCACUGAUAUCAGAGUCAUUCUGUGCAAAUCUUCCGAAAUGGCUGAGCUUUCACUUACAAGCAGCUGUAGACCACAUUACCUGGAUUCCCUUCUGGCCCUAAGCAGUGAUGGAGAAGAGGCAGACAGCAUGCUUAGGCUUCAUGGCCUACAAAAAUGUCAGAAUGAUAUUAUUCUAAAAAUUGAUCUGCAUUACUCAAGCUUAGAAGCCAGCACCCGCUUCCAAGAGACUAUGCAUCACACAAUCCCAAAGCCAUGGAUAGCAAGACUGUUAAGUGGAAAAGAUGCAACUUCUGUGUGCAAGGUCAAUGAGGCUGGUGCUACUCUCCAUGAUCACAUGACUACAAAACCUACACCACUCACUACAAACUCCUCUGAUAAUAAGCCCCCCGCUCACAGAUUGGAUAAUGCUGGAAGGAUGCCUUGUAGUGCUCAGUCUAAAUCGUGCAGUGAGCCAGAGGAAAAUGAUGAAAGUGAUAUUUUUACCCUACAGACUACUUCAGAUAAGAAGGAAAGCUUCUGCACUGUACGAACUGACAAGAAAUAAGAAACUUCAUGUAUAAAACAAUAUAGCUUGCCAUAAAAUGGCCAAUUAUCUUACACAUUGAUAGUAGUCACCACUUCUGAAUUGUGUGCAACUAGAUGUGCCUCUGAAGUAUUAUAGGGUGGUGAACCAUCACUAACAAUUAAUGCUUAGUUUAACUAUCUAUGCAUAUCUAACCUCAUUAUGUACUAUAGCCUCCACAAUGAUCAAAAGCUUUCAUCUCCAUUAUUCAUUCUGACUUGUAUACUUUUCAGAUGAAUGUAUAUUGUCCCUAUCACCUGGAUAUGUGUCUGUCUGCAGUAAGAUCAAAUGAAAUUACAAAAUAUGAGCAAACUAAAUGCUCUGCAAUUGCAUAUGAAACACCUGGCACAAUCUCAUAUGGUAUCAUUCUAGGAACAAGAGGUUGUGAAAAACACUGCACUUUUUAUAAAACUAGAAUAAGUUGGCACACAUGAAAAUAUAGCCAGAACAACUGUUGUUGCAGGAGUAUAAAAUACCAUGACCUCAUUGAAAACAAUGAACCCGGUUGUGAAUACACAAGCUUUGCUGUAUACGUGUAAUAUGGGUUUCAUGACUUUGAAAUUAUUCAUCAUUAGCAAAAUGUAUUAAUUUGUAUCAAAAGUAAUAGGGGAAAUAGAAUUUAAGGCGCAUGAUGAAUUUGAAGGUUUUACCUAGCCAGGUACUGUACAAAAAUUCACUGAUAGUUUGUUCCACCUGCUAUGUUCCUUAUUUAAUGAUUAAGUUGCAUAGAAUAACAUAGAAACUGGUAUCACUAGUGAAGAUGCAGUUGCUGGAGGCAUGUCUUAGUAAAAGUAAAGAAAUCCCUAUUUCAAUUUA